AUGACAUCAUCAAACGUAAUUCUUGAGAAUCCGCCAUGUUUUCGCUCAGGUCUUAUGUGGGGAAUCAGUGUCGGUGCAAUCAUUGGUGCACAUCGCUUUCGUACAACUAGGUUGAUUCGUCAAUCCUGUGACGGGGCUAUUCUUGCUUUUGGACUUGUUGGAACUGGCACUUGGCUGUUUUGUACGACUUCGUAUCGAACACGAGCUCGACAAACACGUGAAUUUAUGGAAAUGAUGAAUCAUCCAGAACGGAAAAUGGAAGCGGAACAAUUUUUGCAAUCUCGAGUCUACACUCGAUCAGAGGAGGAUGAGGAAAUCAAGUAG